GUGACAUUUUAAGAUAGAGAGAGCAUCAAAACAAACACAGUAUUAAAUGUAUUUAUCAUUAUAAUUAUAUCAUAUUUCAUUAAAAAACGUGUUAAAAUAUAUAUACUACUAUAACUGUGAGGUCUAUUAAGCUAUUUAUAAAAAAACCACUAUAAACAACUAUGGAGGGUGAAGAUGAGGUCCAAGAACAUCAACCCGAGCAAGAACAACUUAUUGCAGAUGAUAUUCAAGCUAAAAAACCAGAAGAGUCUUUCAAAAAGCCCACAUUACUUGUAGGGAAAAUAGGCAAGUUGCCUAAAAAGGUUCAGGCUAUAUCUCUUGAUAAAUCUGUGGAUGGUAAUGAGUCGACAACCCCUCGGGAGGACACUACUGACCCAAAACCUGACCCAACCACUUUGAAAACUGCUACUAAGGACCCUUUAGCUUCUAUUCCCUCGAUUGAACCACCAAUUAUCUCAUACAAUGAGCCUGAAUGGUCCGGUUUACCCGAGUCUAAUGGGAAACCUUAUGCCUUUGAGGUACUAAAGAACGGCUCGAUUAUCGAGACCAUUGAUCUAAUGAAAAAGCCCUUUUGGGUCUUCGGUAGGCUCCCAAUUUGCGAUAUCAGUAUGCAACAUCCUACCAUAUCAAGGUACCAUGCGGUGCUGCAGUACAGGGAGAAGCCCUCGGAAGAGGAUCCGCCUGGUUUUUACAUUUAUGACCUGGGGAGUACCCACGGAACCUUCCUGAAUGGUAAAAACAACAAGUUGAAGCCCAAAAUGUAUGCUCCUGUCAAGGUGGGACACAUGUUACGUCUGGGGUGCAGUCAGAGAUCCUUCAUUCUGACCGGUCCGGACGAAGACCAGGAGGAGGAGUCCGAAUACACCGUGACGCAACUGAGAGAAAUGAAACGGGAAAAAUUGAGGGAGCACGAGGAGCGAGUGAGACGAGCCGAGCUAGAGCGAGAGGAGCGGAGGAGGAAGGAGGAGGAGAGAGGAGUCGAUUGGGGAAUGGGUGAGGAGGACGAGGGGUCAGAGGAGGAGCAGGAAAACCCUUUUGCCGUUACGACCAAUGAAGAUUUAUAUUUGGAGGAUCCUAAGAGGGCUCUGAGAGGGUUCUUUGAAAGGGAGGGGAUGGACUUGGAGUAUGAGUGUUCCGAGCAAGGCAUGGGUCAGUUCCUAUGUAAAGUGGCACUACCAUUAGAUGAUGAGCUGGGAAAACCUCUGGUAGCCGAAGUGUUGCAUAGAGGGAAAAAGAAAGAAGCGGUGGUUCAAUGUGCGUUAGAAGCGUGCAGAAUAUUGGACCGUUUAGGUCUUCUGAGGCAAUCCACUCAUGAGUCUAAGAAACGUAAGACAAAGAACUGGGAGGAUAACGACUAUUACGACAGUGACGACGACACUUUUCUGGAUCGGACUGGAACGAUCGAGAAGAAACGGGAGAAGAGGAUGAAGGUUAAGGAGCCCGAACGGGCGGAGACUUACGAGGGUUUGGUGGCGAAAGAAAAGCUUCUGUCGACACAAAUAGCCUCCUUAGAAAAGAAACUGGGGGAAACCCAACGAAUGCACCAAAAAUCCUCAUUUUCAAGCAAUUUCACCAAUAACGAGGAGGACUCACUCGACUCUUACAUGAAGGGACUGAACGACGAUAAAAUCGACAAACAAACAAUUUCCAAGUUAAAACUGGAACUAGCGAAUUUGAGGAAAGAACACGCGAACGUCGUUAAGUUGGCAAACGUGGCCAAACCGGUUAAUAUGCCCGCCCUAGUGGUCCCCUCCACUUCCGCCGGCGGUACAAACGGUACCCAAGGGUCGAAAAAAUUCAAUUACCCCAUUUUCGGGAAAAGGAAGGUUCCUGUAAAAACGUCUGCUAAACCUAAAGGUGCUGAAGUACCUGCUGGAGUUAAUCAAGAGGUUUCAGUAGUAGAAUCUGAAGAAGAAGAAGAGGAGGAGGAAGAGGAUUUAAAGGGUAAAUUAAAGUGCGAACCUGCUCUGGAGGAAACCCACCCAAGUGAAACUGUGGAGGACCAUCUGGAUUCUAAUGAUCCCAAUACUGAAACGACAGAAAGGGCAACAAGAGAACAUGAAGAAGAAGAAGAAGAAGAAGAGGAAAUGAACUCCGACAGUUCCGAAGACCCGAUAGACGAACCGAUGCACGCUCUGUACGAGUUUAGACCUAUGAAGGACUUUUACUCUACCGUGGCGCUCAAGAAGUUCGAAACCAUCAUGAAAACUGGGUUACCAGCAGUUGCAGACAAACACAAAUCGAAACUCCUAAAGAUCCUACGGAAACUGCACCGUUUAUCUUCGCACGAGGAACGCAUGGAACUCGAUUAUCGAACAAUCGCGGCGAAAAAACGAAAAGUCAUGAAGUGGAUCUCCGAGUUAAGGGUCAGUGCGGCGGUACCGCAGGAACCCAACGAUAAACUGGAACAUCGAGUGUCCACCGAACUGGGUCGAAUUUUGGACGAUCUAAAUGCGAUUUUGAACGGCAAAUUUAAGAUGGUAAAUCAGGUGAGACAUAUGGGUAAGGAACUGCAGCACAUUUCCGGGGAAAUCGAGAAGGAAAUCACCGAUUUGGAGCGGAAGUGUCGUCAGAAUAAAGCGGAAGUGGUGAACAAGGAUGACGCGAAACCGGGAACAAGCGGGUCUAGCGGGUUUCAUGAAAAUGAUGACCACUCGACCACCGAGGACGAGAGAAAGAAGAAGAAGAAUCAGAAACGAAACGAACAAAGACAACACAAAACAGAGAUAGAGAAACGCAAGGGUUACGCCGAAGACGCCUCAAAGGAGAACUACAGCAUGUGGGUACCACCGACCGAUCAAACCGGAGACGGUCGUACCAGUUUGAACGAAAAAUUGGGUUAUUAAUUAAAGAAACAACAAAUCAAGUUUAUUAAUAUUUUAUUAUUAUUUAAUGUUCACUUAACUAUAAAGAUUCAAAGCGAUCUAUUCCUAACAGUCUAUUGGAUACAAUAAAUGGUACUUACUAAAUACAACAAAGGAAAA